AUGUCUUACAAUAAAAUUGACGUAUCCGGUGAUAAUGGAGUUAAUGGAGAGAAUGGUAGUCAUGGAACGGAUGGCAAUGGUCAUCUACCUUUUAUAGAUAAAGAUGGGCAACAUGGCGGUGACGCGACGGAGCCAACACAGGGAAGAGAUGGAGGAGAAAUUAACCUGCGACUGAAACUGAGAAGGGGUUAUAUUGAAAUUUCUGGCAGUUAUUGGAAUUCAAGAUAUGAUGUCAAAAUUGUUAAUGAAUCAAUAUUAUCUGAUGAUUACGAUUCAAUUGACCUGAAAGCUCGUGGUGGAGAUGGUGGACAUGGUGGUUAUGGAGGAAAUGGAGGGAAUGGUGGCACUGGUUAUCACGGGACAAAUGCUGUCAAAUAUUUGCCUGCACUUGAUGGAGGAAGAGGAGGUGAAGGCGGCGAUGCAGGCGCGGGAACUAGCGGUGCAAAUGGAGGAAAAGGUGGUAAAAUUACCGUAAGCACAUAUGACACUGACUCUGAACUGUUAUUGAUGUGCAACUUAGAUGUGGAUGGAGGAAAAGGAGGCAAAGCCGGAAAGCAUGGCAGAUCAGGUAGAGGAGGAAGUGGUGGAUUCGGUGGAAUUGGAUGUCAAUAUAAAGAAUUAGGCUUUAACAUUAUGCAAGAGGGAUUGGUUACUUAUACGCCUCGUUCGAGACAAGGCGGCCAUCGAGGCUUUUACGGUAAUUCAGGAUGGAAUCCAUAUUCGUGUUAUCCUCUUUAUGAUGGAAAUCCAGGAGGUGAGGGAGAUAAACAGUAUAAGAUCAUCAAUAGCCAAACUGGGAGAGUCGAAACUUACUAUCAAGUUUUUAAUUUAAUGUUGCAUGAUUCUGCAAUCCAUUCUUCCACGGGAGUUUUUGAACCCGGCGCCCAAAUUUACGUAGAUAACUUGACGGUCCACAAUACAUCUAUGAUGCCUACACCAAGGCGAGAUAUCCACGUCACAAUUAAUGAUAGUGAAUGGAUUUGUAAACAAAACCAUGCUAAACUGCCGCACUUAAUAAAUCCACGUACUUCUCAAAGGGUUGAUUACUAUAAAUCAUUUUCAUUUUUUAUCAAGGAUCAUAAUGUAAAAAUUCCAGAACCACCCCUUAGAAAAAGUGUCAAGAUGUUUUUGACAGCGACAACGACAGGGACUAAAAAGACGCUUACAAACUUUGAUACAAAAGGCCACCCUAUUAAAGUUCAAUAUCCUAUCGAAUUCAUCAGUAUUUCAAAUGUGAACAGCAUGGUUGCUGGCCAAGUAUCUAAAGUCAUUUGGAAGGUGAAAAAUACGUCUAAGGUCGAUUUUGGUGUCAAAUCUAGAAACAACCGUUGCAUUCGUAUUAGAUUGGCCAAAGUAGGCGGAAAAAUUACAUCUCGUUCAUUCCUGUUCGGCUUACAAAAAGGUGUUGCUGUCAUACCUCCAAUGCAGACCUUGAAAACAGAUUAUAUUAUUGAAAUUCCUUUAUUAAGGGCUGGUGAACUGUUAGAGUUGGAAGGUACCUUAAAGUUAGGUAAAGCAGAGCUAUUUGAAGGUGCAGAAUUUAGGUUAUAUUUAGAACUUGGCAAGAUCACCGCUCCAUCCUUACCAAAGGUCGUUCACAUUGAAUCUUUUGAUAUCAGAGUAUCUACUUUCUACCGCGGCAUCACUGCAGAUUUUUAUCCAGACCAGCAGCUCGGUUUCCGGUUCUCCGUGUGGGAUAUAUCGCAAAUGGGGCAUUUUAAUUUCAUGAGAGACAUAUCCACAACUGAGCCUACCACAUUGAUGAAAGAUUUUAACGGCAAGACAAUAAUUAUAUUGAACAACGAGUUUGAGUUUGGCAAUAGAACUCAAAAGGUUAAAGCAUUGCAAAAUUUUGUGCUGAAAAAUGAAUUGCUUCAAGCGAUAAAUAAGAAUGAUAAUAGAUUUUAUGUAGUUGAUCCCAACAAUGUCAAAAAUGAUUGCGCAAUCGCAUUGGAAGAGUUUCUAAAAGUGCCUUUUGAUACAUUGAAGCAGGACAAGCUUCAAUUCAAACACACAGGACACGAACAGACAAGAAAGUUGAAAAGAUUAAUAAAAUAUUGUCCUAAUACCGAGUUUCAUAUAAUCCACCAAUCGAGCGAUGAAGAAAAGAAAGAUUGCUAUAUAACUGUUGUUCCAUGUCAUACAACUACAAAACGAAGGAUUAUCUUAGCGUCAGUUAGCGAUGCACAUUCGGAUCCUGAAGAAUUUAUUUCUAAGCCGAUUAAUUUUAAGGGUGUUAUUGCGAGCUUAGGAAUUAAUAAUCAAUUCCUUCUAUUGAAAAAGGUUUUGACCUCCAAACUUACUGCAGAAAUGACAGAAAUAUUAGAGGUCCUCAAGUUGCAGAUCAUUUAUGAUGUUGCUGUUGAGUUAUCGACUAUAUGUGAUGGAAUUGGUUAUAAUUCUUCUCUUGGAGAUUCUCAGGUUCUUGAAAUGAUGGAAAACUUAAGAUGUUUAGUUCUAAAAGUGGAAUCAUUAAGCAAGCGUUAUAAUGAGUCUAAUACGAUGUUUCCCGUCAAACAUGACACACAUUUAGGAAAAUGGAUGAUGGACAUACUUUCUCGGCUAUAUGCAUUUAUUAAAUGUCUCAGAGCGGGAAUUCACCAAUCAGUUCUACUUAACCGAAGAACUGCAAAAGUACAACAGCAAGCUAUGGAUCUUUUUCAUCGAAUAGGAGAAGCAGCGAUCUCUAAUUUUGUCGAUACGAGGCUUUUAAAUCAAGAACAGUCAACAGCUUCUGGAAAUGAAGCGUUAAUAUGCGAAAAUAUGUUUACUUCUCGACCAUGGAUUCCAUAUAAACAAUUAUGUUCAAAGCGUAGAGAGAUUAUCAAAUCAUUUGAAGGAGAAGUUAAAUCUCUACUUCAUCAAAAGAUUCAGAUGCAUUACAUUAAACAAAAAAAUGACGCAAAAUAUGUUCUUGGAGGCAUUUUUGACCCAUUAAGAAAAGUCAUGCGUAGAAAUGCUAUGGAUGUCAUUUUUAAACCUUAUGAAUCAUUUGCUGAUAAUACAUUGUAUGGUCGUAACUUCGAGAAAAAAAGAGAUGGGCAGGUUGGAGGUACAAGGAAUAUAAUUAUCAUAGACGAAACUUAUAUAGAAAAAAGCAGAAAAAAUAAGAUAGAAACGCAGAAGAUAAAUAAUUAUACUUCUAAAUUCCUUGAAUUUAAAAGUAAAAUGAUAGUGAGUCAAGACAAAAAUCAUGUUUCAUCUGAAGAAACAGCCUUAAUAUCAACUAUAAAACUUAUUAGCAAAUAUUAUCAUAUUAAAUAUGAUACGACACAAUAA